AUGAGGCGUUUGUGCCUCGUAGAUUACCUUGGAUUGCGUGCAAUAUGCUCCCCUUGGAGAUCCACAGUUGCUAAUGCUAUUGCAAACAAGCAUUGCCACCCUUUACCUGAACUGCCACUGGUUGUCCUCCAGUCUGUAAAAUCAUGCACAUUCUUCAGCUUGAGUACAGGACGUGUACUUUGCCCCAAAAGACCACUUUUUGUGAAAAUGCAAAUCUGUCAUGGCUCAGUUGAAGGAUGGAUGAUUAUGAGUGAAUAUGCUAAUGUGGGAAGUUUAAUAAUCUUCUUCUUCAAUCCAGUGACUAAUGCUAGAAUCUGGGUCCCAUCAUUGUUGAGUUUUCCAACCAAAUCUCCCCUUCAAGCUAAUUUGUUUAUGGGGAAAAUGGUGGCCUCCUCCAUACCACAUCAUAGUUCCAAUAGUUUUUUGGUUGGUCUCUUCAAUGAUCGUUUUCACAUUACAUUCUGCAAACUCUUUGACAAGUCGUGGACUACAAUUGAAGCGGAUAAGGAUACAGGGGUUCGUUUUGUGGAUGUUGAAAUUAUUGAUAGGAAAUUGUUUGUUGCAACCGGCACAUCCUCGAAUUUGAUAUUGGUUUAUGAUCUACAAGAUUCUAGUAAUGGCCCCCCAAGGCCUAAAGUAAUAAUUAUGCUUCCACCAAGGCCGCCAACAAUAUCAUCUAUGUUUGGUAACGAAAAUCUUGUCGAGGAUAAUGUCCACAUUCAUCUAGCCAAAGAUCAUGCAUCUGGAGAGCUAUUCCUCAUUUACACGUUCUAUGACUCAGUUCAUGAAACACGGCAUGUUGGCUAUUUGAACAUGGUCACUGAAUAUGUUAUCCCGCCUCAGAUUUUCAACAUUGAAGUGUUCAAGUUGGAUACAAGAAAUGAAAAUAAUAAGUGGAUGAAGGUUGAUAACUUGGGUGACCGUGUGUUGUUUCUUAGCGGUUACAAGAGCAUGGUAAUGUCAAGGGCUGCCCUUAAUAGCACUGAAGAGUUAAUUACAGGAAAUAGUAUCUUUUUUGCUAUGAAAUGUAAUUGUCCUGAAGACCCAUGGGCAGGCCUUCAAAUUGGGAUGAUUUGCUUGACUGAUAACAGCAUCAAAUAUUUUUCGGUUGAAAAAUCAAGUCCUUUUAUCCCUUAUCCUACUUGGUUUGUACCAGGUUUUUGA